AUGUGGACCGCGUGCGCGUGCUUUCCGUGCGUGGGCGAGACGCUGUGCGAGCCCGGAGACUUGGGGUAUCGCGCGCGAUAUCUCGUGUUUCGAUGCGAGCGCGCGCGCGCGAUCGGCGGACGCGCGGCGGAGAUGGCGGGGGAGGACGUGCGCGGGAUGGUGGAGGCGCUCGAGGACGACGUCUUCGCGUGCCGGGUGAGCGCGGGCGAGGGCGCGGUGGAAGUCGAGAUUCGAGCGGGAAGUCGAGCGAGGGUGCUGAUGUACGCGCUGACGCUGCGGACGGCGGACGGGCGGGGGCUGGGGUUGGAGCUGGUGGAGGAGCGACGCGCGAGUCGACGCGAGACGGUUGGGUGGUGA